AUGGCUGUCAUGGAUAUGUUGGACCGCGAAUUGGAGGAGCAGCAAGAAUGCUCCCCUGGAGGAGGAAACUCGAGUCCUGCGCAACAACAGCAGCCCGUCGCUGGACUACCAGCCAAGCCCCCUGCCUCCAGUACCACUGAUCUUUCAUCCACCAGAAUGGAACCCGGAGGCCAGGAUAACACUGGCCAAGCCCGUUUCCGCCAGAUGCUACAGGGCAUUGCAACUCAAGCCCAGACCAAGAUUGAUGCCAUGAACAAGCCUGUACGGGCUGAGAUUCAUGGACAGCGCUCCGCUGGACCUGUCCAAACUGGCUCGAAUCGCACGUCUCGCGUCAUUAAUACCGCUGCCAUUCCUCAUCGACCAGCCUCUCAGGUUCUGGGAUCCAUCGUCCCCAAGCGCGAGGACCAUCCGCGCGCUCAAGGGGAGGAUGGGCGUUCCAGAGGACGUCAUGAAGUCAUAGUUCCAUCGCCCUGCGCCGUGCUGAGUGCCGAGUGUCAGCGCAGAAAGUUCAACCCUGUCUUCCGAGAGUUCAUGACCCACGAUGGAAGAUUCUCAUGCGUGGUCGAGAUCAAGGGUAUGAGAAUUAUCGAUAAGCGAACUUGGACCGAUGCUAGACAAGCGAAGCAAGAAGCCGCAAAGAUGGCUCUCCUGUACCUAGAAGACCAUGUCCCUAUCGAAAGCUCGACGACCACGAGCCGAGGCUUUAGCUCUGAUUCAAGCCACCAGGAAGACCGCCACCGAGAAGACCGCCGACGAGAAAACGAGAAAAGAUCUCACCAGCUUCGAGAGGAGGAAGAACUCGAAGCGGCCCUGUUGCUGGCCAAGAUCCGACGCAUCUUCGGCCGUCAGGACAGCAUGAGAAGCGAGAUCAUGGCAGACCCUACCGCUUCCCGUGCCUUUCUCGAAGGCUUUGCCUGGGGAGCCAGGGCCGCCAACGAGUCUGUUGGUGAGCGUACGCGCUCUCGAUCUCCGCUCCGAGUCGCCAAUGAGCGCCGACGCUCACGAUCCCCACCUCGAGGUCGUGACGAGCGGCGCCGCAGGGGCUGA